UCUAACGAAUGUAAACUCAAUAAAAGAACUAUUAUAAAUAUAUUCUAAACUUCUGACAGAAAAUGACGUGUCCGAACAAAUAACGACUUUAGAUUUAUUUUCUAUUAAAAGGAACACAUUUGAUGUUCCCUCUGAUUCGCAAUGGAUUCAUUUCUCUUUGCCGUGACACUUGUUGUAUUUUCUUUGUUCUUCCAGAAAUCGAAUGGCUUAGCAAGAACACACGUGAGGAGUCCAUUGUAUGGGGAUAAGUUUGUGCUUGUGGCACCCAGAAUGACCAACUCAGAUAGCCAAGUGAUAUUGUUUCUUUACUCUACUGCUGAUGAGCCAGUUACCGUGAUUAUCUCCUCACCUUGGUUCGCCGAUGCCACCACGUACUAUUCCUAUAUGCAGAUUAACAGACUGCAAGUUACCACUUACAUAAUGGAAACGAAAUACAGACCUACCCUCAACACAGGAUUCACCUGGACCUACCGUCUCUCAGGGUCGGAUAUGUUUGGAGUCACUGUCAUGCUUGUAUACGCCUAUGAUUCCAUGGCCAGUUUUCAGGCAGCGCCGGUUAUAGCCUGGGGUCAGAAGUACUACGUCAUGACACUGUCACCCUCAGCCUUUGUGGCUAUCUUAUCUUAUCAUUACCACAACAAGAUAGACAUGAAGAUUAAGGCAACGGGGAAUUUCCUCCUUACCUUCCAAGGCAAAAGUUACUACAAUGGAGAUGUGCUUCACAUGCUUCUCAACAACACCGAGGCCUUUAUUUUAUCGUACUGUGACAAUUCGACUGAAUUUAAUGGGGCACUGACAGGAACUCAAGUGGUUGGCAGUGACCCUAUUGGUGUAGUCAGUGGAACUUGCAGAGGAUCCACCAAGGUUAACUACUGCAACAGCCCGAUAGAGUACAAGGGAUCCCGUACUGAUGACAUGUUAGCAGAAAUGUUGAUACCGUUCAAUAUGUACGGUAAGCGAUUUAUCGACCUUAUCAUAUUAGAUCGAAAGACCAACGGCCUCAUUGUGGUAGUAGCAGGUGAGAACGACACUACGAUCAAUUUUAACAGUUCGUUCACCAGGUACCUAGCCCAAGCAGGCGACUACACCACAGUCUACAGUACCGGUAGUCCCAGCUACUUCACCAGCAACAAAGGGAUCAUGGUCAUCUACCUUCAGCCGUCUGCGUGCUUCGAGAGCACGGGCAACACCAUGGAGAUGGGUGACGUCACCAUGUCCGUUCUGGUCCCCAUGGAGCUGUUCUACGACUCGUACGCCUGGAUGUCUCCCUUGUUUGGUUCUAUAACUCCAGUGAACUAUGUAGCGCUGGUCGUCAUGAGAGACAAAUCCAUGGAUUUGAGACUUGACUUUGAGCCAAUCAGAAAUGUUCAACACGGCAGGAGGGUAGCCAACCUGGAGGAGUGGUGCGUGCUUAACCGUCAUGUCCCUCCCGGGGUGCACAUCGUGACGGCCGUAACGGACUUCACCUUCGGCUGCUACGCCUACGGCAUCGACAUGGGCUACGCCUACAUGCAUCACGUGGGAUUUCUUAAUGCCCCUGUGAAUGAGCCCUGUGUCCAUACCAACACAUCCAAAGGCGACCUGGUGGACAAUGAUUGUGACGGUGUUACGGACGAGGAGGAAGAUGACGAUAAAGAUAAUGACAACGAUGGAUUUAUUGAUGAAGACUUAAAAAAGGCAGAAAUAAAAGUCAAUGGAAACUGGAGUGAAUGGACAGAAUGGACCUGCAGUUUGAACUGUACUGAUACUAGACUCAUGAGACGACGGUUUUGUAAAAGCCCAGUUCCACAGUCAGAUGACUAUUUCUGUGAAGGCGACCAUACGGAGUACAAUGAAUCCAUUUGCCAUAUUGGCGAGAAAGCUUGUGGUAAUCAUCUUGAGGAAGGUUUGGAGAUGUACAGAGAGCCGGUUCUAACCGAGGAGUGGAGCCACUGGCUGUGUUCCAGAAAUUGUAGCGACACAAGAGUCUAUGAGAGAAGAAAGUGCAGAGAGUUCUUUCACUGUAUCAACAUCAGAGCCAGAAGUGGAAAGUGUUACAUCGGGAAAAAAUGUCCCUACGAGUGCUCUCUUGACACCUGGGGUGUGAACUGCCUUUACAGCUGUAGUAACUGCUUGGAUGCGUGUGAUAAGUUCGACGGCUCGUGCAAUGUUUGCAUGGAUGGGUUCGAUUCCCCCCAGACUUCCUGCAAUAAAGAAUGCCCUCAAUUUUUCUACGGUGCAGCUUGCUUGGGUAGCUGCAAAGAAAAAUGUGGAGGUCAAGAUUGUCUGGACAGAAUGCAAGGUCUUUGCCCUCAGGGGCCCUACCUCUACUUAGCUAUCAUACCUGUUGCUUGCACAGUGCCUGUGAUUGCCUUUGUCUAUGUCAUGAAGACAAUAGCCGUCGGCAAGAAACGGCAGGAGGACCGAACCAAAAUCAUCGAAGACGUUGCCGUCGAGCCUGAGGCGAAACCUGAGGCGAAACCUGAGGCGAAACCUGAGGCGAAACGUGUGGAAGAGAAAAAGGUCAUCUCCUCUAGCCAACUUUGAGGCGGAGAUCAAUCAACGACCAUAGGCUUUGUUCUUCUGUUAACAACUUUAGAUCUCCAAUGUCCAACUGUUCUAGUUUCUUUAAUUCUUUUUUGGUUCAAUUCUUCGUUAGACGUUCUCUAGAGCAGGAGGUUCUCAACCUGUGGGUCGCGACCCUCUUGGGGGUCGAUUGACCAUUUGCCAGGGGUCGCCUAAGACCAUCGAAAAUAUGGAUUGUUAUUGUCUACUCUUCUAUUGCUGUAUGUGUGUGUCGGUGGGGGGGGGUCGCGGCAGAGUGGGGGAUUGUAAAAAGGGGUCGCCGAGCUUAAAAGUUUUAGAACCGCUGCCCUAGAGGCUGGCAAGGAUUAUCUCAAGUUUGGAGUUCUCCAGAAGUGUUUACUACUGGCUAACAAAAUGAUGAACAAAAGCCUGUACGAUAAUACAUCGCUGACGUCUUAUUUGGAGGACCCUAUCUCUUUUAUGGUCGCGCUUUUAUCGUUGUUACGACGAUGUAUCUUACAUCGCCAUGUUAAAAUUUGAAAGCACUUUAGUUCUAGAGUAAAAGCGAUGCCCAACAUAAUUCAACUGGCGGGCCAUUUUCGUUUCCGACACUCGUGUCGCGGACCACAUGACCGAAUAAGUAAAAAAAAAAUGAAAUGAAA